AGCCCUGACCGUGCACCGCUGGGCUCAGCACCCAUUGGAGAGGGCGAGCAGCCCUGACCGUGCACCGCUGGGCUCAGCACCCAUUGGAGAGGGCGAGCAGCCCUGACCGUGCACCGCUGGGCUCAGCACCCAUUGGAGAGGGCGAGCAGCCCUGACCGUGCACUGCUGGGCUCAGCACCCAUCGGAGAGGGCGAGCAGCCCUGACCGUGCACCGCUGGGCUCAGCACCCUGCCGUGAGCAUUGGCAGCUGAGCUCUUGCCACCACACACAGCACCCGCCGGAGACCCCAAGCACCGGCGUGCGGGUGCCAUCCUGGGACGCGCAUCAUGGGCAACUGCAUCGUGGUGAGCCCCAACAUCGCUGAGAGCAAAACCUCCCUGGACCACCUGAACCUGCUGGAGAUGAUGGGCAACUACUCCUACGACUACACCAACAUAACCUCCCUCGACUACGACGCCGCGCCCUGCCACAACCAGUACUGUCCCCUUUUCCAGCGCGUGGCCCCUGCCUUCCUGGCCGUCACCUGCGCCGCGGCCGCGCUGGGGACCGCCUCGCUGCUCGUGGCACUGGCCAAGCGGCCCCACGCCUGGAGCUGGCCUCAAAGCCCAGCGCUGGUGGCCCAGCUGGCGGUGGCGAUGGGUCUUUUCGCCGCCCUGCUGCCGGCGGUGGCGGUGAGCGUCGGGCGGCGCUGGGAGCUGGGCGCGGGGCUGUGUAGGCUCAUGCACCUGCUGUGGCACUGGAGCCUCUUCGCGCAGGGGUUGGUGGUGAGCAGCAGCUCCUGCAGCACCGUCUGGUGCCGCUGGGACCCCCGGAGCCGGCGGUUGGCCGUGGCCGUGUGGGCUGGGGCGAUGCUGUUGGCGACGCCGGCGGCUCUUGCCAGCGGCACAGUGGAAGCCCAAGAGACGAGCUGCAUCCGCCGGAGCGUGGACGUCCUCCACCCAACCUACGUGCUGCACCUCGCCCUCUGCCUCUGCCUCUUCCUGCUCCUGCCCGCGGCGUUGCUGGUGGCCGCGCUGGCCGGGCCGCGGCUGAGGGCAGGCUGGGGGCCGAGCAUCGGGGCGAGCUGGCUCUUCUUUGGGCUGUGGGUGCCUUACGGCGUGGGGCUCGCCGUGGAUUUCCUCCUGCGGGCACGGCUGCUGCAGCCCACCUGUGGCACCUUCGAGCACUUUGACCACGUUCUGGGGCUGAGCGAGGGGCUGGGGGUGCUGCACUGCUGCCUGGGGCCCGCGGCGCUGCUCGGCGCGCAGCUCGGCCGCCGCAGGGGAGGCACCGGCAGCACCGGCUGAGGUUGUGCUGCUGCAGCCGAGAGCCUCGGGACAACCCCUGGCUCCUCUCCCCAAAGCAGCCCCACCACCCCCAGAGCUUCUGCCCCACGGGCAACCUGAACCCCAGACCACACCAUGGCCCAUCACACGCCGAGCCUGGUGCCUCUCCUUCGCCAUCCUCCUCCGUGGGGUCUCGGCCCCCAACACCGCAAUUUGAUCAACGGAGACAGCCCUGAGGUGCCUCGGGCAUCUCCCGAGUCCCUUAGGGGUUUAUCAGCCCCUGUUUGGGGCCAGACACCCCACUUUUUGCCCAAUAGAGACAGCCCUGGGGUGCCUCGGGCAUCUCCCGAGCCCCAGUUUGGGGCCAGACACCCCAAUUUUUGCUCAAUGGAGACAGCCCUGGGGUGCUUCGGGCAUCUCCUGAGCCCCUGGGGGGUUUAUCAGCCCCAGUUUGGAGCCAGACACCCCACUUUUUGCCCCAUAGAGACAGCCCUGGGGUGCCUCAGGCAUCUCCCGAGCCCCAGUUUGGGGCCAGACACCCCAAUUUUUGCUCAAUGGAGACAGCCCUGGGGUGCCUCGGGCAUCUCCUGAGCCCCUGGGGGUUUAUCAGCCCCAGUUUGGGGCCAGACACCCCAAUUUUUGCUCAAUGGAGACAGCCCUGGGGUGCCUCGGGCAUCUCCUGAGCUCCUGGGGGGUUUGUCACCCCAGUUCCUUCUUGCCUGCCACGACCCCCCCGAGGCUCAGCCGCAGUCGCUGCGGCUCCGAAGGGACAUUUCAGACGGCGCAGCUGCACCGUGAAGCAACAGAAGAUUUUUCUCUCUCUCCUGACGAGCCGAGAUAAGCGUCACAUCCGAGAUGAGCCGCUGGGAAUUCUAUACCAUACACGCGUCUGUCAGAGCCGCUCGCCGAGCUCAGAUAAUGGCAGGGGCUGGGGGGCACGAGAGGUGACAUCCAUCACCUCCGGCCAGGCUGAGGGAUGGGAUGCGGGUGAGUGCGCUUCUCGUGCCUCCAAAUGAACGGGAAAAGCUCCUCAUGAAGCUCUGCAGCCAAUUAACGAGAAGCAAUGUGAUUUGUACCCAGCGCCGGAGGCAUCCGAGCUGUGCUCCUCCAUUCCCGUGAGG